AUGGGGAGGCCUCCAUGCGGUUCAAAAGAUUCCCAGAGAAGGGCGUGGACUGUGGAGGAAGAUUUCGUUUUAUUUAAAUACAUUAAAACCCAUGGUGAUGGUGCAUGGAAUUAUGUGCCUAACAAAACAGGGCUACAACGGAGUGGGAAGAGCUGCAGAUUGCGAUGGAUGAAUUAUCUUCGACCUGAUAUUAAGCGUGGAAAUAUUUCGCCAGAGGAAGAUGACCUUAUUAUUAAAAUGUAUGCUCUGCUUGGAAAUAGAUGGUCACUGAUAGCAAAACGUCUUCCAGGGAGAACAGACAAUGAAAUAAAAAACUACUGGAACACUCGUCUCAGCAAGAGGGCUGCAAACUCUCACUUUCCUAAUACAAGGAAUUCUUCUUCUACUUGUAUUGAAGAUAAUUGUCUAUCAAAAGGUAAGCCCAUAGAAACAACAGCAUUGACAAGUCCUGGAACGUUAAUAUCAAAUGGGUGUGAUAGUUCAGUCCAUAUAGAGGAGAAGGAAGAUCAUGUGGACCUGAACUUGUGUUUUACUGAUGAUCUGCAGGCCUUGAUUGAAACCAAAUACUUGGAUGAAAUCGGUUCCUUUGAAAGCCUUAUACAACUGGGAAAUAAUGUUGAAAGCGACAUAGAAGUAGAAACGAGUUUUGCAGCCGAAAUUCUUGAUAGCCAUGAUCAAUUAGAGUUUCAAUGUUCGCUAAAAUCAAAACUACAGUUACUAAGGCAAAUCUUAGAAUUGGAAGAGGAAUGA